CUUCUGGGCUUCCUUCCACUUUCUAGCGCCAGUGCUCCUUCGGGGGUGGGAGAAGUAGGCAGGCGCGGUCGGGAGCGUCUCAGUCCUGAGCAGCCUGUCUGUGGUAAAGCGACCGGGUUUCUUUUCCGCCUCUAUCCUCGGAGCCAAAGGGAGAGGUUUGGCCGCGAAGGGAUGCCUGUCUGGUGAUCCGGGGCUGGAAGCGGCAGGCCGUGAAAAAAAAAAGAAGGAGCGAAGGUCGGAAAAGAAAGAAGAGAAGCGCCGGGAGCAACCUGCCAAAAUGUCUAGCAAGAAAGAGAAUGCGCACAAGAAAUGGAGCGUCUUGAAAGAAAGGCUGGGGUCCCAGGAUUCGGAUCAAACAGAAGCCAAUCUGGAAAAUGCAGAGCCAGAGCUCUGCAUUCGUCUCUUGCAGAUCCCUUCGGUGGUGAAUUACUCGGGGCUCAAGAAACGGCUGGAAAGUAGUGAUGAUAGCUGGAUGGUCCAGUUUUUGGAACUCUGUGGACUGGAUCUUCUGUUAGAAGCCCUAGACAGGCUGUCAGGGAGAGGAGUUUCUAGGAUCUCGGAUGCCCUCCUGCAGCUGACAUGCAUCAACUGUGUGCGGGCAGUAAUGAACUCUCAGAAAGGCAUUGAAUAUAUCGUGAGCAAUGAAGGUUAUGUCAGGAAACUCUCUCAAGCACUGGACACUUCAAAUAUCAUGGUCAAAAAGCAAGUGUUUGAACUCCUGGCUGCUCUCUGCAUUUAUUCAUUUGAUGGCCAUGUACUGGCUUUGGAUGCUCUAGACCAUUACAAGACUGUGAAAAACCAACAGUAUCGGUUCAGUGUCAUUAUGAAUGAGCUCUCAGUCACAGAUAAUGUGCCCUACAUGAUAACGCUCUUGAGUGCCAUCAAUGCAAUUAUACUGGGAACAGAGGAACUGAGAGGAAGGAUGCAGCUCCGGAAUGAGUUCAUCGGUCUUCAGUUCUUGGAUAUUCUAAGCAAACUGCGAGACAUAGAAGAUGAGGACUUGCUUAUCCAGUGUGAGACAUUUGAGGAGGCUAAGACUGAAGAUGAUGAAGAGUUACUGAGAAUAUGUGAUGGCAUUGACAUGAACAGUCAUCAAGAUGUUUUCUCAUCUCUGUUCAACAAAGUGAGCAGCUCCCCAGUCUCUGUUCAAUUGCUGUCCAUUCUCCAAAGCCUCUUGCAUCUCGAACCUUCUCAUCGCUCCAGCCUAUUGCUCUGGGAAUCCUUAGAAAUUUUAGUAAGCAGAGCCAUCUUGCUUGCUAAUGACAUACAAGAUAAUAGUGUGGAAGAAGUAAUGGACAGGUUGUUGUCUGUCAAGAAACACCGCAAGAAAAGAGAUUUAGGUUCCAGAAGAGCAGCUAAGAAGGUGAAUGAAAGCACUCAGACCAAUGAAGAUUUGGGGCAAUGCCCAAACAUCACCCAGAGCUCUCCUCCAAGAAUUUGCUCUUCCAACAUUUCACUUAAAGUAGAGCUACACGAUGUGUCUAAGGUUGCAUCCUCCUGCUUUUUGGUCAGUUCAGCAUCACCAGAAUGGGAUCUGUCUUCAGCUGUUCCAAUGCCGCCUUCUCUUCCUCCCCCUCCCCCUCCCUUCCCAGGACCAUUAGUCAUGUUGCCACAACAGCCAUCUUCUCCAUCUGGGAUACAAAUGCCAGCAUCGGUUCCCACGUUGCACGAUGUAUCAACAAUCCCACCCCCUCCUCCUCUGCCUCCUCCUCUGCCUGGGAUGACUGGCAUCCUCCCCCACUGCCCAGUAUGCCUACCUCAAAAGUCAGCCAUGCCACCACCACCUCCCCCGCUGCCAGGUGUGGUAGGCAUCCCUCCCCCUCCCCCGCUGCCUUGCAUGGUAGGCAUCCCUCCCCCUCCCGCUCUUCCUGGUGGUGCAGGAGUGCCACCUCCACCCCACCACUCCCAGGCAUGCCACCACCUCCUCCCCACUGCCUGGCAUGGUAGGCAUCCCUCCCCUCCCGCUCUUCCUGGUGGUGCAGGAGUGCCACCUCCACCCCCACCACUCCCAGGCAUGCCACCACCUCCUCCCCCACUGCCUGGGAUGGAAGGGCUACCACCCCCUCCCCCACCGCCAGGCAUCCCACCUCCUCCACCUCUGGGAUUCAAUGUAGAGGAAAUUGUCCCUGCAAAGGUCAACACUGUUAGCUAUACCACACCACCCCCUAAAAGAAUGAAGAUGCCAACGCUAAGGAUGAAGAAGCUGAAUUGGCAGAAGCUCCCCUCCAAUGUGGUGAGAGAGAAUCACUCUAUGUGGGCAUCGGCAACAAGUGAAGAAUAUGUUGAGCCGGAUUACUCUAAAAUAGAACAGUUGUUUUGCUUUCCACAAACCAAGCCCAAACCAGAGGAAGUUGCCCCAGUGAAGACAGAACCAAAAGAGAUUACAUUUCUAGAUCCCAAAAAGAGUCUUAAUUUGAACAUAUUUUUGAAGCAAUUUAAGUGCACAAAUGAGGAGGUGGUUAAAAUGAUUCAGGAAGAUGACAGAACAAAGUUUGAUGUUGAAGUGCUCAAGCAGCUUCUUAAACUCCUACCGGAAAAACAUGAAAUAGAAAAUUUGAAAGCUUUCAAAGAAGAAAAGGAAAAAUUAGCAAAUGCAGAUCAGUUCUAUCUUCUACUCCUUGGAGUUCCUAGCUACCAAUUGAGGAUUGAAUGUAUGCUGAUGUGUGAAGAGACAGCUGUUCUGCUGGAGAUGUUGCAACCCAAAGCAGAAACAAUAAGGAGGGCUUGUGAAGAUCUCCGCUCAAGCCGUCGGUUGCCCAUUUUCUGUCAAUUGGUCCUCAACGUUGGAAACUUCCUGAACUAUGGAAGUCACACAGGAGAUGCCGAUGGCUUUAAAAUUGGUACUUUGCUCAAGUUAACAGAAACGAAAGCAAACCAGACUCGCAUUACACUGCUCCACCAUAUAUUAGAGGAAGUGGAAAAAAAUCACACCGAUUUGCUUCAGCUUCCCAAAGAUCUUGAGUGUGUUUCAAAGGCAGCUGGAAUCAAUCUAGACGUGAUUCGUUCUGAAUCCAGCUCCAAUAUAAAGAAAUUGCUGGAACUUGAACGGAAGCUGUCAUCCUCAACAGAAGAAGUGAAAUCCCAAUAUGAAACAGCCAUUCAGGGUAGCUUAACUGCUAACAGAAAGCUGGAGGAUGUGUUUGAACUCGUUGAAACUAAGAGAACAGAGCUUGCGAACUAUCUCUGUGAAGAUCCGAACAAAUUGUGUUUGGAGGAGAUAUUUAACAUCAUGAAAACCUUCCGUGAUCUCUACAUCAAAGCACUAAAGGAAAACAAGGACCGAAAGGAACAAGCAGCCAAAGCUGAGAAAAGGAAGAAACAGUUGGAAGAAGAAGAAGCUAAGAAGCCGAAAGGAGAAGAUGGGAAAACCAUUAAGAAAGGAGCUGUCAAACAAGAGGAGGUUUGUGUUAUUGAUGCUUUGCUGGCUGAUAUAAGGAAGGGAUUCCAGCUACGAAAAACAACCAGAAACAAAAAUGGCACAGACACUCCCAUGAAAACCACACCUCAGAGAGGAAAAGUGAUUGACCAAAGCGUUCAGGAUGUGAAAGACCCAAAGCAAGAAGAUGAUUCAAGGACGCAAAAUAAUUUCCAGGAUCAAUUAGAAAAUACAAAGCCUUCAGAAGGGGCUACCACAAAUGAGAAAACUGAAAUGGCUACUGACUCACUGAAUUUACAGAAGCCACCUGAUGCCAUUGGGAAUGCCAUCUCUUCUCCAGCCCAGACAGAUAAUGAAAAGGCCUCGUUACAUUCCUUUGUUUUGGAGGAAAAUAGAGAAGCCCCAAAUGGAACAAAUUUGCAAGAGGAAACUGACUCCUGUUCCUUUCACCAUGCCAAUGACCAUGAUUUAGUGUUGUCUCAUUCCAUUUCUUUUGUAGAGUUUACAAGUGGUCACUCAGGACAUUCAACCAGCCUGAAUAUUAAAGCCGAUGAGGUUGACUCAGGGGACCCAGCUAGUAGAACUGAACCUGAUGGCUCAUGGAACCAUUUAAAUUCAAAUGACCAGGUAAACAGUAUUGAUAGAAAUGAUGAUACAGGAGAAAAAAUACCUGGAAACACACAGCUCACAACCUCUCAAGAAAUGGCCCUUGAAACUUUGGCCCUGCCAGAAGCAUCUAAAGUCAGUGAAGACCCUUCCUCAGACUCCUUGUUCGACACGUCCCAGGAUAAGUCCUUCUUAGAAGAACCGGUAACUGAUUCUUCAUAUUCAGCAACAGUACCUUCAGAACAAGCCCAAGCUGGAAAAGAUGGCCAAAGAAGUUCAUCAAAGCGCAAGAAGAAAAAGAGGCACAGCAAAAGCCAUUCAACAGUGGUUGACACUGAUUUAAAAGCGAUGGUUGAUACUGGAGAUAAAAAAACAAAAAGAGUUUGUGAGAUACAGUGAGGUGGCGCAGCAAGACAGAAAAACUAAAAAGCAUGCUAUUCAGUGGCGUCAGCUAUUGAAAGAAGCCAUAGUAAUAGGGUGCAGUUAAUUUUUGUCUGGAGGUACUCAAAUAUAUGCUAUUUCCAGACUUGAAAGCACCCUUAGCCUGUGCCUUAUACAAAAUUCUUAUCCCAAAAUAAUUUUCUGCUACUUUGGGACCAUGGAGUCAACUCCCAAUGGACAAAAUUGUUUGGCAUAAGGUGAAGGAGAUGUGAUCUAAGACAGACCUGGAACAAAUUGAAGCUAACACAGUCAUCUUUUGAAUUUAACACAGAAAAUAUUGAAAGUUUUAUGGCACCAAUCUCACAUUUAGAUAAUGUGUCAGUUUAGGAAAUGCAAUCCAACAAGGCCUGAUUUUGCAAAGAUCUGUGUUUAACAACACCCUUCAAUUUGAUUGUGCUAUACUUUACACCAGGUUGAAGCAAACAUUUUUUGUGAUACUAUCAGAUACAUAUCACGUUCCUGUUUUUACACAAGACCAAGGAUUAGACAAAAGAGAUUUGUCUUAAAGAAAAUUAGUAAUUCUUCUGAUACCACCCAUGUAGUUGACUGCAACUACAUAUGCAAUUACUGUCCAUAUGAACACAUGAAUUAGUCUAUCCCAUCCUCUUUCUCACUACAAGCACUGCGACACUUCUUUUCAAGAAAACUUCUUCCCAAAGUAAUGUUAUUAUUAAUGCAAUCAAUUUACACUUUUUUGUGUUGGUGAUAGUCAAUGUGUUUGGGGCUAGGGAUAUCUUUUUCUUGUUGCCUAUGUAUAACAUUAAUGGAAAUAUUUUAGCGUUAAUAUUGGGAAUGUGAUUCCCUUUUAUCGUAAAAAAAAAUUCUAAAGUAAUUUUUUGUAGUUUAUGAGUACUAUGGAGAGAAUUGCAGAUUUGUAAAUAUCUGUUCCCUUUUGUAUAUUCACUUAUAUGAGACUGAAGAUGUAGAAAUUACUUUAUAAGAAUUUAGCAAUUAUAAUCUGGAAAGAAGGUAUUGAUUGAGCGAUAUCCUGCUGAAAUAAAACUAAUGCUGUGUUAUAGUGGGCUUUGCAAAGCUAACUUUGAUUUCCUCUCCAAACCUGUUGGGACAGACUUCUCAAGGUCUCCACAUGAAAGCUUUUGCCUAUGCAGGCUAGAAUAAUGGGGAAUUAUGAACUCCAGAAGUCGAGAAAAUGCCAGGUUUAAAAAAGCAAGCAUGGGUAUUUGAAACAAGAAGUUAACUUUACCCAUGUUUUAGUUUAUCACAGAAUUUGAACAGGACUCAAGAAUGUAACCAAGCCAGGUGCCUUCACAGCAGUUUCUUCCAGCCUUGGCAUCUUUAAAUUACGUUGCUGGGGAAUUCUGGGAGUUCAUCCAUAUUUUUUAAAAUUACUAAGAUGGAGAAAAAAUGCUCCAGACAUGUUGCACUACAACACCUUUAAUAGUAGGAAGGACAGUUGCCCAGUGGCUUAAUGACACUAGAGAUGGUCUCAGCUCUGGGAGUUCAAGCCCAAGCAUUGCGCGGCAGGGUGAGUUCCUGUCAUUUUCCUGAGCUUUUGCCCAUUUAAGAGUUUGAAAGCAUAUUCUAUGCAAAUACAUAGGUAGGUACCACUUUGGUGGGGAGAUGAGCUUUUGCUUUAUGCAGGAAUCAGAUUCCUGAUGGUUCUGAACCUUCCUACCUGUGGCACCCAUUUGUGUGGUAGCAAUGGGAAGAGAGAGGGGCCUUGGGUGAUGCUGCAGGAAGGGCCACUCACCUUUCUCUAUGAUGCGAAGCCAGCUCGCUCUCUUGUGACGCACCUUGGGAAACACACAACAGUGUCCUAUAAUAGGGCUGGUACCUUGGCAAGCCAAACUACUACUCUGCAGUAGCAUUGUGGUUUUCUGACUACUGUAACAAUGCCAUAUGCUAACAAGAAUAAUAACCUGUAAUAGUAUACUACAGUGGCUCUCAACCUGUGGUCCACCGACCCUUGGGAGGGGGCAGCAAUGUCGUCACAGGGGUUCCUCAAAGGCUUGAAGAAAUGUUAUGAUUUAAAUCUUGAGUUAAGUCUUGGUAAUCUGUGGCCAUGGUCUGUGGCAACAAAAGGUACUCAAAGAGUCCAUUGUGAAGAAAAGGUUGAGAACCACUGGUAUAGUACAUCUAGAGGACAUCAGGUUGAGAGAGGCUGCUGCAAUUUGUGGAGAUGAUUAUGAGAGCAAUUUCUGAACACUAGAUACUACUUUCCUCCAGCAUACGAAAUUACAUAAUAGAGCAUGUCCUACUUUCACUGUACAUAGAAGCAGUGAGUUCCAAGGUGUCACAAAGUGAUAAAUUAAGGAGACUGGGCUCCUGUAGUUGAGUCUUCUUACUUCUGCAUGCUAUUGUAGUUAUCAGAUUUUCCAUUUUUUUUAAUGGAAUUGUUUUCCCCGCCAACCCAAGUCAACAAUAGUAUUUUGUCACAAUGAAAUCUACAAUAAGUUUAUGUAGAACCUUCUGAUGGUUCUAUGGCAUAACAUCUCCAAGUCUGUGUUUAUAUUUAUGUGUGUAUAUGCUUAGGUCACAUACACUUGGCACAAUAAACUUGCUUUCAUUUAACAAG